CCGAAGCGGUUCUGCUCUCUUCGUCGGAUCAGUGAAAUAAGCGUUUGUCAGAGUGAGAGGUUUCAAUUAAAGUGUUUUUAAUGGAUAUUUGCAUGGUACAUGAAGCAUGGCUGUGUCACAUCAGUGGUUUGUGCAGUGGUCCGCCCCACCGAUGCUGUUUGCGGAUAUUUCUAGUCAAUACAAUAACGUCAAUGAUCGGUGGCGGCAAAAUGAACCGAAAUGGAGCGAGCCGCUAGCAGUUCCUGAAAGUGAUGAUGUACAUAAUGAAUAUCAAAAUCAAGGAAGUUGGAUAGGAAACGAUAAUUAUAAGUUUAAGUCAGAUCGAUCUAAAAACAAUGAUCGUGCGCGCGCGGCGGGUGUGACGCUGUGGCUGACGAUGCUGGGCGUGAUGAGCGCGCAGUCCGUGCCCGCAGACAAUGACACGCCGCCCUUCAGCACGCUGUACAAGUGGAAGCACGUCGACUUCGAGUUCCCCACGCCCAGACAUCGAAGGCAUGCACUUGCUACCGGAAAAUUUGUGCCUGCUAACGUGCUUCCCCUGGGACUUGAGGUGUGGGGCAAUCGAGUCUGGGUGACGGUGCCGGCGUGGAGACGAGGCGUGCCCGCCACGCUCGCCACGCUCCCGCGCCAGGGAGGCAUCGCGUCGCCCCAACUCAGGCCAUAUCCUGACUGGAGCUUUCAUAGAGCUUUUGGUGAUAUGCAGAACUGCUCGGGACUAACAUCAGUUUUCCGAAUACAUGCUGACCCAUGCGGCCGGCUUUGGGUAUUAGAUUCCGGACAGAUAGACUCCCAAGAUAAUCCAAAACAAUUGUGCCCACCCAGUAUUGUGGUAUUUAAUCUCCAAACGGAUAAACUAAUUGCACGCUACAAUAUACCAAAACAGUUUGUGUUGGAAGAUUCAUUAUUCUCAAACAUUAUCAUCGACACAAGAAUGGAAGAUUGCUCAGACCUUCAUGUUUAUAUAGCAGAUACUUGGCGAUUUGGCCUUUUAGUUUUUAGGGAAAGAGAUGUCAGGUUUUGGAGAUUUUCUAAUCCUUUAUUUUUCCCGGAUCCCUUAGCCUCGAAUUUCACUCUUCAUGGACUUAAUUUUCAAUGGACCGAUGGCAUUUUUGGAUUAGCUUUGUCACCUAUUGAUCCAUACGAGGAACGCAUAUUAUUUUUCCACGCCAUGUCUAGUUACAGAGAAUUUUACGUGCCGACAUCGGUUCUAAGAGACCCACUCCGAGUUGACAAUAGUUCAACGGAAUUCAAUAUAGCUGGCGAAAGUAGAGGUCUCAAUGGCCAGUCGUCUGCCUCUGCGAUAGAUAGACGCGGUGUCAUGUUCUACGGCUUAGUGACCCGGGACAGUGUUGGAUGCUGGGACACAACGAAACCAUACAAAAGGAGAACCAAUGGAAUAGUGGCUUCAAAUUCAGAGACUUUAAUAUUUCCAAAUGACAUUAAAAUUGAUCAGGAUGCAAGGCAGAGCUUGUGGGUCAUUACUAAUCGGUUGCCGAUGUUCCAAGCCGGUCCUCUGGACUCUGAUGACUACAACUACCGCAUCUUGUACGCGGACACCACGGAGGCAGUGCGAGGAACUGUUUGCGACCCCGACACCGAACUCCCCCGCCCCGCACCUGUUAUACACAGAGGGUGGUUGCCAUAAAAUGUAUCUCACAAGUACCUAAUGUUAUUUAGUAAUAAAGAAAUGAGCACUUUUUAUUCAAGACAAGGUAUCUACUACCGAUGUUAUCGUUGUAAGCGCCUAUGUGUUCAAUGGUUGCUACUGUCACUAUUUGCUGUAAUGGUUUCUUUAUUUAUGUGUAGGCGCUAACGCCUACUGAUUAUAUAUUAUUUAAUUUAUAUACAGCACUUCGUUGCUAUCACUUAAAAUAAAGGGCAUUGUAUCAUCCUUUUCAGUCACAAAAUAAUGUAAAUAUUUGUUUUACUAAUGAUAUUUUUUUCUUCUAUA